UUACCCCCACACCUGGGCCCUGUCCUGUGUCUCCUCCCAAUCCCCUCCCCCCUGUUCGCGCAAGCUCCGGAUCUGAGCAUGGCGACCCCUGGAACGACGACGACGACGUUGCCCUCUGGGUGAGUAGAUUUCUGCUCUUAUCAUUGUUUUUACUUUGGCUCAAGGGCUCACGAGUCCUCCGGCGCUUCCUGUACAACCUUUGGUUCGGGGGGCGGAGUUGUGGCGUCGGCAGGUUCCAGCGAGGGGGCACGCACUGUCGACUCAUGCAGCGCGAUUCAGUCGUACCGCCCCGGUGUCCCGACUGCGACAAACACCAUCAUCCGCGUGGGGUGGAAGCGCAGGCCAAGAGGCCCACGCGGCCCAGAUGAGAGGGCAGUAGUAGUUGAUCGUGUGCCGGCGCUGGAAGCUGCAAUCCGAGGAUUCACUGGUAGGGUGACCGAGGUUGUUGUCAACCCGACGCUUGGUACAGUAUUUGAUUCGCUUGCAGAGGCGUAUGAGUUCUACAAUCUGUAUUCAUGGGAGGUUGGCUUUGGGAUUCGUUACGGCAAGAGCGGGCAGAAUGUCAAUGGGACCAAAUGCAUGCAGGAGAUCGUCUGUGGGUGUGCUAGGAAACCAGAGAGGGAGAACAGCUCAUCGAUUAGGAGCAACUGCGUUGCCAUGAUUCGUCUGCACCGGACAGACGACGGGGGGUGGUAUGUGUCGGAAAACCGUGCUUCCCACAACCAUGUGUUGCUUAGGACCUGUGCUGAGAAGCUGCACUGUCCAUCGCACCGGCACAUUGACACAUACACAAAGGAUCUGGUGAAACAGCUGCGGCAGAACAAUGUUAAUCUGGGGAAGGUUUACAGUAUCAUUGGCAGUCUGUUUGGCAGAAUGGAGAACGUACCGUUUACAAAGAGAUGCCUUAGAAGUUUUUGUGGGAAGCUUAGUACGGAGCAGACGGACAAUGAUGUGCGCAAGACUAUGGUUGCAUUCUCUGAGCUUGGGGCAAAUGAUCCGGAGUUUUCGUAUGUUGUUGAGGUUGACAAAGAAAGCAAGAUAAAAACACUGCUGUGGACUAACGGCAGGAGCAAGAUGCAGUACCACAAUUUUGGGGAUGUCAUAACAUUUGACACUACUUACAAGACAAACCUCUACGACAUGCCCUUUGGCGUCUUCGUUGGGGUGAACAAUCACUUCCAGAGUAUAAUCAUGGGUGGUGUCAUGAUGAGGGAGGAAACAAUUGAGAGUUUUAAUUGGGUAUUCACCGAAUUCGUUAGGCUGAUGGGUGGCAAGCCUCCAAAAACAAUUCUGACAGGUUGGUUGCUCUCACGCGAUGCCAUGCUCUGCCCCCUCUUUUCCGCUUGAUAGGGUUUUCCAAUUGUAGCUAGUGUGAGGUGCGUGUCUUUGCUACGUACAUGUGCAAUGGCCGAUUACACAUUUUUUAGAUCAAGCACGAGCAAUGCUAUUCAACAGACGAUGCCAGAUACCACACAUCGGUGGUGCAAGUGGCAUGUGCUUCGGAAGGCGAAGGAGCACCUCGGGCCGCACUACACUAAACGCAGUGAUUUUAGGGCUACGUUACACAAGGUGGUUAAUGAGAUGCUCACUAUUGACGAGUUCGAAGAGGCCUGGGCCGGACUACUUGACAGAUACAAGCUUCAUAACAACACGUUUUUGAUCCAAAUAUUUGAGGUUAGGCACAAGUGGGCGAAGCCUUAUUUUAGUGGCAAAUUUUGCGCAAAGCAAACCAGUACGCAAAGGAGCGAAAGCGCGAACCAUCUGUUGAAGGGCUACAUCCCGCCUGCAUGCCCGAUGAACCUUUUUGUGAAGCAGUACAGCAAGCUGCAGUUUGAUCGGGAGGCUGAAGAAGGGUUCCAAGAGAAGAGAACCAGGCUGGGUGGUGUAGUUCUCGGAUACAAUUUCCCAUUGGAGGAGCAUGCGAGCCAAGUAUAUACCCGGACGAUGUACGAGAUGUUUGGUCAGGCUUUGUAUCGGGCAGGUAGGUAUGAUGUUGAGGAAGUAGAGCGGGGCGUGAGGUACCACGUGAGACACGUUGAAGCCGAGAAACGGGAAAAGUGGUGCCGCGAGAUGCAUGUGGUCUAUGUUCACGAUGGAGGGGCUCGUUACACAUGCGAAUGUGGGCUGUUUGAACACAUGGGGAUGCUCUGUUGUCAUGCUAUCAAGGUUUUGAUUCAUUUGGGGGUCAGGAAGAUACCGCGUGCUCAUGUCAUGAAGAGGUGGACUAUAGAUGCCCGAGACAACUUGCCGCUGCACCUCCUCCAUUAUCAAAAAGAUCAAGGGCCUCCGCGGUUGUCAUCAUACAGACAUACGGCGCUACACCUCACUGCCCUCGAGUUUGUGCAGCUUGGUGAUAGCAACGUUGAUGCGUUCGAUAGAGCAAUUGACAUUUUGAAUGCAGGCAAGGCGGAGCUGUCAGUUCUGGCAGCGACCAAGGAUGGCAAAAGUUUGGUGGACCAAACUCAGGUUGGUGACUCAGCCAGUCCGACGCAUGCUCUGGAUGGUGGCGGUUCUCGCGUAGAUGAUAUGUCCUCUGAGAUGUUCGUCUCCACCGAGUGUGGUCUUAGCUCUGUUUCUGGGGGUGCUGGGUCUAGUAGUUCAUUGUCGAUGCUGCUAGCGCCGGAUAGGAAGAAGCAAAAGGGCAGACCGACUACGGCGAGGGACAAGCCUGGAUACGAGGUCCAAGACAAACGUUCAAGGUUCUGUACGGUUUGUAGGGAGAAGGGGCACAAGAGCACGACGUGCCCCCGCAGGGGUGAUCUUCCAAAGAAGCCUCGCAAAAUUCCUACAUGUGGCAAUUGUGGUGUUGCUGGGCACAAGAAAACAAGUUGUUUCAACCCGGUGUUGCCGUUUGUGAAGAGUCCUCGAGACGGACCAGUCGAGUGAUUCCUGGUGUGAUUUCAAAUGAUCCACUGGUGGUGCUGAUGUUAUUUGGAUGAUAUGCUUAUGUAAAAUGAAAUGUGGCAGAACUCAAUAAAAGUAUAGUUGGACUAGUGAUUCCUGAGCGGUGUAGUGAGACAUGUGGUUUUUUUAGGCCUUUGUGUGUUGUCUGCAUUGUCUUUGUUUGAACCUAUGAUCUGUAUUUUCAGAAAUCAUUGUGCAUU